AUGGUAAAUUUUUCAGUUGAUCAAAUCAGAGAGAUCAUGGACAAAUAAGACAACAUCAGAAACAUGUCAGUCAUUGCUCACGUCGAUCAUGGUAAAUCCACACUUACAGACUCAUUGUUAUGCAAAGCUGGUAUCAUUGCUUCCAAAGUUGCUGGUGAUGCAAGAGCCACAGAUACCAGAGAAGAUGAAAAGGAAAGAGGUAUUACAAUCAAGUCCACUGGUGUUUCUCUUUAUUAUGAAUAUGACAUUUAUGACAAUAAGACCUUAGAAAAGUUUUUGAUCAACUUGAUCGAUUCCCCAGGACAUGUUGAUUUCAGUUCUGAAGUCACAGCUGCCUUAAGAGUUACAGACGGUGCUUUAGUCGUCGUUGAUUGUGUUGAAGGAGUUUGUGUCUAAACCGAAACAGUGUUGAGACAAGCUAUGUAAGAGAAAAUCAAGCCAGUUGUCAUGGUUAACAAAAUCGAUAGAGCUAUCUUGGAAUUGAAACAUGAUGGUGAAACAAUGUAUUAAAACUUCGUCAGAGUCGUUGAUAUGGUCAAUGUCAUCAUCAACACCUAUUAAUAAGAAGACAUGGGUGAUCUCCUUGUUCAUCCAGAACUCGGAUCAGUCUCAUUUGGUUCAGGAAAGGAAUGCUGA